CCGCUUCUUGCUCUUGAAAACAUAACAACCUUCUCCUUAAGAUUUUUGCUCUAUCCCUUGCUGAAAUCCACCCUCUUCAUUUUCGUGAGCUUUAAGGGGAUUUAAGAGGACCCAUUGCAUGCUAAGUAUCGUAAGGAUCCUUGAAGCUUAUGCUGGUGUGGAAGGUUGUUUAGAAGCAACUCUCAAUAAACACUAGGUUUAUCAAACAAGAGAUUUGUGUUGGGGGUAUUACCUGUGAUAAUACUAAUCUCAUGGGUGAGAAAGCCAAGAAGGAAAGGUCUGACAUUGACAGAAGCAAUUUGGGAAGUAGUUUUGAGCUGAAGCCAAAUGAAGGAAAGAAAAACAAGCACAAGGAUAGAAAGAAAAUGCACGUUACUGAUAAAAUACUCAAUUCAAAUGAAACCCUAGAGGAAAAUUGUACUGCUGAAGCAGCUGACAAACAAACUUGCUCUACUGAAGGUAAUAUUACAUUCAUGUUGGAUAGGGAAGAAGAGAGCCACAUCAAUAAGAGAAAGAAGAUAAAGGGGAGAAAAGAUAUUAAAGUAAUGAAUAGUGAUCUUGCUGAUGAUAAAGAAAUGCAGUACUUUGACGACAACCAGCAAAGCAAGAUGAAGAAAAGAAAAAGUUAUGAUGAUUCAACUGGAAUUGCAGAAAUGGGUUUUUCAAAAUCAAGCAAAAAAGGAAAAAUGUCAGAGGAUAAAGAGUUCAAGAAUAAUAAAGGUGAUCUUCCUUUGGAUAAAAUCAACAAAGGAAAUGCUAAUGCACAUUCUCUUGUCACCGAAGAUGAUUUGCUAGGUAAGAAGAUGGAGAAGAAGAAGAAGAAACUGGGGAACAAAAGUAAAAUGACAGUAAGAGGAUAUAAAAGCAAUGAAGCUGAUUAUUCUGUUGUCAGUGAAGAGGGGCAUGGCAAAAAGAAGAAGAUGGAGAAGAUAUCGGGUAAGAAAAACAAAAGAACUGAAGAUGAAGAGUAUAAAAUCAACAGUGAUCCACCUUUUGUCAACAGCAAAAAAGGUGAUCAACAUUUGGUCAAAAGCCAUGAAGGUGAAGAUGAUGACCAAGACAAGAAGUUGAAGGAGAAGAAAAAAAAGAAGAUACUGAGUGAAGAAAGCAAACAUGUGGAGUAUAACGAGUUUACAAGCAAUGAGGGCAAAGACGAUGACCAAGGCAAGAAAAUGAAGAAGAAACUGAAUGACAAAAGCAAAAGUAAAGGGAACAGUGAAUUUAAAACCAAUGAAGGAGAUGCUAAUGCAAGUUGCAUUGUCACUGAAGUUGAUGAUCAAUGCAAGAAGAAGAUAAAGAAAAAAACCAAGGCUGGUACUGGUGAAUCUCCUAACCCUGUACCUGGUGGAACAUCCAAACCCAAACGAGUAACUUUUUCUGAUCAAGUAGAGUUUUGUUGUGAUGACUUAGUGCGUGGGAAAAGGUUUACACCAGAAGAAGAUAAGAAGAUUAAAGAGGCUGUUUUUGACUAUAUAGAGUCUCAUGGUUUGGGAGAUGAAGGUCUAGAUAUGAUUCUCCAUUCCAGAUCUCAUCCUGAACUUAGAGGUUGUUGGAAAGAUAUUGGGUCAGUCUUACCUGAGAGGCCUUACAUUAGUGUGUAUUAUCGUGCUCAUAUUUUGUUUGAAAGGGAUGAGAAGCGUAAGUGGACGCCUGAAGAACUUGAAUUUGUUCGUAAGGUCCAAGAACAGCAUGGAUCUGAUUGGAAAUCAGUAGCUGAAGCAUUGGGUAAACAUCGAUUUCAUGUAAAGGAUGCAUGGCGUAGAAUAAAAUUAACCAAUACAAACAAAGGACGAUGGUCCCAAGAGGAGUAUCAAAAUUUAUUUGAUUUAGUAAACCUGGAUCUACGCGCGAGGGCUUUAGAAGAUCAUAGAAAAUCAAAACAUGGAAUGUUGCGAGAUAAUAUUAGUUGGGAGGCAAUUGGCAACAAAUUGACCACUAGAACCAGUCCACGUUGCUGCAAAAAAUGGUAUGAGCAAUUAACAUCAUCAAUGGUUGCUAAGGGUGAAUGGAGUGACACCGAUGACUACCGCCUAGUAAAUGCUUUAUUUACUUUGGAUGCUUGCUGCAUGGAGGAGGUAGACUGGGACUAUCUGCUUGAUCAUAGGUCUGGUGAUGUAUGUAGAAAACGAUGGAGCCAAAUGGUCCAAUAUAUUGGAGAGCAUGGGAGGAAAUCAUUUGCCGAGCAGGUGGAAAUUCUUGCAAAGAGAUUUUGUCCCGACUUAUUGGAAGCAAGAGAAGCCUUUGACAGCAAACCUGUGGUUUGUUGAGGUUAUUAUCCUGUCAGGUGGUUUUCCUGGUUUGAAUUGAUUUUGUAAGACCAGAAUGUAUUAGAUUAUGGUAAUGAUGUUUUUGUGGGAUCAUCCGGACCUUUUUUGGCAUAUCGGAAACUGGAUUUUCAUUACAGUUCGAUGGUAGUUUAUAAUAGUGUUCUCUUUUGAUAAAAUGUUAACCCCGUUCUUAUGUCCCUGUUUA